AUUUACCAAAACACGACACUUGGUAUUUGGAUGUAAGGAUUGUCUAAUUUGGUUGUACAAUUUAUUAUUUUUAUAGUGAUUAUUAUAAACUCAAUAAUGCAUAUCUAAAUAUCACAUUUUGCAUUUUAUCACUUUCAUCGGCGGUUGUUAUAAAUACACAACCAAAAGUUUCGAGUAUUUCGAAAUUCACUUUCUUUUAGAACGAACUUCUUUUGUAAUUUUAACUUCUGAUAGUUAGUUAUUUGAGUUAAAACUGCAAAAUAAAAUUAAGUUUUAAAUAAUCUUUUCUGAGAAUUUUUUCUCAACGGAAAUGACUUCUCCGGUGAAAAAUAAUUCACCAAGGCUUUAUGAUUCUCCACCCCUUGUUCAAUCAACGGAUAUUCUAAAUUCGACACCUCCAACGUUUACAACACCUACUCUAUUAGAUUAUGAUCCAGCUUCACAACAAACUGAUCAGGCUAAUAUAAGAAGUUCACGCAUUGACUUCGGAGGUGAACGACAAGAAUUAGGUGAAGAAACACCUUUAUUAAAAAAUAGACAUAGUUCACCUAUCUAUAGGCCAACAUCACCAAUUGAUCUUUCUCGGAGGCAAAAGUCUGCCUCUCCUUCUAGAGUACACCGUUCAAGACAAAACCACAGUCCUCAAUCUCCAUUGUCACCUUAUUCACAAACUAAUCUUCGUCAAGAGUAUAUGGGGAAUUUGCCUAAUAAUAACAACUCCGAUUCUGUUUUUGAGACGAAUUCAAUCUCAAAUAAUUCAUACGAUGAGUCUGAUUCAGAUGGUGGUUCAAAUACUUUGAUUUCAUCUCGUCGUCCUUCUAAAAUACAGACAGACGUAUGUUUUCCCAUGUUGGAAACUGCUUCCAAGAAAGGAGUGGAUUAUGAUUCUCUUGAGGAUUAUAUAAAGAACGAGAAUGAAAAGAGAAGGAAGGAGCAAAGGCGACGACAAAGAAGAUUAAGUGAAUCAGCUUCUGUUUUCGUUAAAAAAGACUUGAAUUAUAUUUACAAUAGUUUAGAAAAUAAGCAUCCAUCAGAAAGGUUCACUUUUUAUUCAACAGCAUAUAGUACAAUACAUGCUCGAUCAUUAGCCGAAAUCCCAUCCGCAGGAACUUCACUCUCAGAAAUGUUGAAGGCUGGAUGUUGGUGGAUCGAUAUUUUAGCACCGACUGAUUCAGAAGUGCAAGAUUUGGGUAGGAUCUUUGGAAUUCAUCCUCUUACUAUUGAAGAUAUUCAAACGGAGGAUACCCGGGAGAAAUGUGAAUUAUUCAAGGAGUACUAUUUUAUAUGUUUCCGGACUUUUGAUCAAGAUCAUUAUUCCCCUACAUAUCUACAACCUGUAAGUAUUUACAUGAUAGUUAUGAAAGAGGGAAUUUUAUCGUUUCAUUUUCGCCCAUCAUUACACCCAUCAAAUGUGAGACGACGUAUACGACAAUUAAAAGAUUAUAUAAAUGUGACACCAGAUUGGAUUAAUUACGCAAUUAUUGACGAUAUCACUGAUUCGUUUGCGCCAUUAAUACGAACGAUCGAAUUUGAAGUUGAUUCAAUUGAUGAAUUGGUUUUGAUUCUAAAAGAAUCAGAACAGAGUGAUAUGUUACGCCGGAUUGGCCAUUGUCGUAAAAAGGUCUUGGGAUUAUUAAGAUUAUUAGGAAACAAAGCUGAUGUUAUGAAAGGUUUAAUUAAGAGAUGUAAUGAACUAAGAUGGGAUGUUGUAGUUAGCAGCGAAAUUGUAUUAUACCUAGGAGACAUUCAAGAUCACAUAAUUACAAUGGUUCAAAAUUUAAAUCAUUAUGAAAAAAUAUUAUCUAGGUCACAUUCAAAUUAUUUGGCACAAAUAUCUAUUGAAAUGACGCAAGCAAACAAUCAAAUUAAUGAUGUAUUGUCUCGUCUUACUGCGCUAGGAACAAUUCUCAUACCCAUGAAUCUUGUAACAGGUUUAUGGGGUAUGAACGUUCCUGUCCCGGGUCAAGAAUCAGAAGGGUUAACGUGGUUUUUUUCUAUAUUAGCAUCUUUAAUUAUAUUUGCAAUCGUUUUGGUUGUAAUGGCGCAUCGGACAGGAAUAGUUUGAUAUAAAAUUCAGAUGUUAUAGAUUGAUUAUAAUUAAUUUAUUUUGAUAAUAAUAAUUUAUUAUUACUUAUUUUUUAAUGGUACCUUGAAAUUUAGAUUAUAAUUAGUAUUUUGAAACAAUCGACAGAUUAUUAAUAGAUUUUAGAUAAUAAAAAAGUUUAUUUCCCACACAAAUUUUCUUUGUUGAAGAAAAUCUCAUUUGAUGCCAUUUCAUAGACAACACGUUUAUUCAAAUAUUUAUCUUAUUGGUCAAAAAAAUCUUCUAAAACAACACGUUUAUUUUGCAUUUGUCGUAUUGGUCAAAAAAGCAAUUGUUUUUUUUGUUGCUUUACCCCAUUUUAAAUAAAUCUAAUCUUAUCUUAUAAAUAAUAA